GAGGAGCGGGCGCCGGCCUCCCCUGGCCCGGCCCCGAGAGCCCAGCGCUGCCGCGUCUCCGGCCUCCGCGCGUGCGGCCCCCGCCGUUGCCGGCCUGGAGGUGGGGGCUGGGGGAAGGGAAACGGUCCGCGGAGUCUGGGCUGAGGGCGAGGGACCGGCUACAUCGCGGCGACCCAGGUUCCAGCGGCCGCGGCUCUACCCGGCGCGCGAUUUCCAGGUUCCUCCGCCCGCUGGUGCCUGGGCGCCCCGCUCUCGCCCGGGAGCGAGGCCCUGGGCCUCCAAACGCCAGCAUCUCUUUCUCGCUCUUUCUGCACCCCUCCACAAAAGGACUUCUGUGGCUGGAAACCCUUUGGCAAGUCUAUCUCCUUUAUUCAGUCGGGCCGAGUUAACGGCAGGAGUUAGGCUGUGUGUGUGGCUCCUCCCUUUAAAAAAAGACUUGCUGCGGGCUGGAGAGUUCUGAGAUUGGACCGAUUCCGUCUAUUAUGAAAUGCCAUCUGUGGACCGGGAUUGGCAGGUGUUUCUUUCACGCUGGCGAUAACUAUCUCUGCAUGUGGUGUUACCUAGGUGGUCCUAGGUUUGGACUUUCUUUUUUGGUUCCAGAGAUAAUUCUAGAAAAUUUACGUUGCUUGUGGUGAGAAGCGUGAUCAAAUUAUCACGUGCUUUCUUACAAAACGUUUUAUCAUCUUCUGUCUGUGGAUUUACCUUCCUGAUGCUUGUGGCUAUCACCUCUAAGCAAAGAGGUGAAAGAAAAGAUGUUGUCCCGGUUAAGAGUAGUUUCCACCACUUGUACUUUGGCAUGUCGACAUUUGCACAUAAAAGAAAAAGGCAAGCCACUUAUGCUGAACCCAAGAACAAACAAGGGAAUGGCAUUUACUUUACAAGAACGACAAAUGCUUGGUCUUCAAGGACUUCUACCUCCCAAAAUAGAGACACAAGAUAUUCAAGCCUUACGAUUUCAUAGAAACUUGAAGAAAAUGACUAGCCCUUUGGAAAAAUAUAUCUACAUAAUGGGAAUACAAGAAAGAAAUGAGAAAUUGUUUUAUAGAAUACUGCAAGAUGACAUUGAGAGUUUAAUGCCAAUUGUAUAUACACCGACGGUUGGUCUUGCCUGCUCCCAGUAUGGACACAUCUUUAGAAGACCUAAGGGAUUAUUUAUUUCGAUCUCAGACAGAGGUCAUGUUAGAUCAAUUGUGGAUAACUGGCCAGAAAAUCAUGUUAAGGCUGUUGUAGUGACUGAUGGAGAGAGAAUUCUGGGUCUUGGAGAUCUGGGUGUCUAUGGAAUGGGAAUUCCAGUAGGAAAACUCUGUUUGUAUACAGCUUGUGCAGGAAUACGGCCUGAUAGAUGCCUGCCAGUGUGUAUUGAUGUGGGAACUGAUAAUAUCGCACUCUUAAAAGACCCAUUUUACAUGGGCUUGUACCAGAAACGAGAUCGCACACAACAGUAUGAUGACCUGAUUGAUGAGUUUAUGAAAGCUAUUACUGACAGAUAUGGCCGGAACACACUCAUUCAGUUUGAAGACUUUGGAAAUCAUAAUGCAUUCAGGUUCUUGAGAAAGUACCGAGAAAAAUAUUGUACUUUCAAUGAUGAUAUUCAAGGGACAGCUGCAGUAGCUCUAGCAGGUCUUCUUGCAGCACAAAAAGUUAUUAGUAAACCAAUCUCUGAACACAAAAUCUUAUUCCUUGGAGCAGGAGAGGCUGCUCUUGGAAUUGCAAAUCUUAUAGUUAUGUCUAUGGUAGAAAAUGGCCUGUCAGAACAAGAGGCACAAAAGAAAAUCUGGAUGUUUGACAAGUAUGGUUUAUUAGUUAAGGGACGGAAAGCAAAAAUAGAUAGUUAUCAGGAACCAUUUACUCACUCAGCCCCAGAGAGCAUACCUGAUACUUUUGAAGAUGCAGUGAAUAUACUGAAGCCUUCAACUAUAAUCGGAGUUGCAGGUGCUGGCCGUCUUUUCACUCCUGAUGUAAUCAGAGCCAUGGCCUCUAUCAAUGAAAGGCCUGUAAUAUUUGCAUUAAGUAAUCCUACAGCACAGGCAGAGUGCACGGCUGAAGAAGCAUAUACACUUACAGAGGGCAGGUGUUUGUUUGCCAGUGGCAGUCCAUUUGGGCCAGUGAAACUUACAGAUGGGCGAGUCUUUACACCAGGUCAAGGAAACAAUGUAUAUAUUUUUCCAGGUGUGGCUUUAGCUGUUAUUCUCUGUAACACCCGGCAUAUUAGUGACAGUGUUUUCCUAGAAGCUGCAAAGGCCCUGACAAGCCAAUUGACAGAUGAAGAGCUAGCCCAAGGGAGACUUUACCCACCACUUGCUAAUAUUCAGGAAGUUUCUAUUAACAUUGCUAUUAAAGUUACAGAAUACCUAUAUGCUAAUAAAAUGGCUUUCCGAUACCCAGAACCUGAAGACAAGGCCAAAUAUGUUAAAGAAAGAAUAUGGCGGAGUGAAUAUGAUUCCCUGCUGCCAGAUGUGUAUGAAUGGCCAGAAUCUGCAUCAAGCCCUCCUAUGAUAACAGAAUAGAAGCACUCCCCGAUAAAUACUUUCUGUGCUCCAGGGAACCCCUUUUUUCAGACAAGAAGAGAUAAUGUCUUCAGUUUUAUGGUGUUUUCUGUGUUUUGUUCUCCCUGACCACUUUGGUUGAUGUAUUUUUUCCAUGCAUCUCCACAUCUGUUGGGGUAGACGUGUUGAUUGAUUGCAUUGCCCACCAGCACCCUACAAUCAGAUAGUUGUGAUGCUUUAAUUCUAACAUACAGCCCAUACCACAUCCAGGAGAUGUAAAAAGUGUGUUUGUGAAUGUCUUCACUUGUACUCUAAUUCAGACUUUCCAAAGUAUUUGCUAUUUACUAUUAUGGGUAAUACUCUUCUCUGGCCUAGUUCUUACAGAGCUACUAAAAUAGAAAUGUACUUUUAUGGAUAGAAGUACAGAAUUUUGAGAAGAAACUAAAUUUUCACCAAAUUUUAAGGAAAAAUUGUCAUUAUCUAAAAAUGUUCUUAUAUAUCUGCUUCAUCUUAGCUUCAUACUCUGAAAUUCCCUAUAGCAGACAGAGCUAGGGAAAUAUUAAAAAUUUACCCUAUUUAUUUUCUGGAAAUAAAUCAAGCCUUAACUAUAACAUUAUGAGAGUAAUGGGAACUACUGCUGGCUUUAAGUAAAUAAAAGUCAUUGUUUUCAACAGUGUAUAAAAAUCAUAGUGUAACCUUUUUAUUUAAUAAAUAUCUUGCAUUUAA